CUGUGGCAAUGGCUGCGCCUCAAAGGAAGCCCAACUCAGCCCUGCGGGCCCUGGAAGAAGCGAUGGGCGUGGACUUGUCAUCCGUGGAAACCGAGGACGCAGUGGCCGCCGAAGGCGCCUACUACUUGGAGCAUGGAAACUUGACGAGCUCAUCAGAAGUUACCAUAACCGAGUCAUCUGAAGAUGAUUAUGGAUACGAAGAGAUACCAGAUGAUAAUUUUAGCAUUCCAGAAGGUGACGAAGAUCUGGCUCAAGCAAUUGAGAUGGUCCAAGAACAGACUUCUGAUGCUUUUCUUCUGGCGGAAGAACAACAGAAACUUGAGGGGAAGGGAGUACUCGACAUUUUCAAAUUUCGACGCAAAUGUCGAGAAAAUUUUGCUUCUGAGCUCGAACCAAACCUCAGAUCCAAUAGGAUCAGGUAUGAAUUAAUACAGAAGGGGACAGCUGAACAUAGAAAUUCUGAGAAUGUUCCAGAUGUCUACAUCCAGAAUAUGCUUUUAGGAAAUGAGAACAGAACUUUGAAGAAAGAAUUGAAGCACUACAAACAGGCAGCUGACAAGGCCAGAGAAGAUCUGCUGAAAACUCAAAAGGAGCGUGAUUUUCAUCGGAUGCAUCAUAAGCGAAUAGUCCAAGAAAAAAACAAAUUAGUUAAUGAUAUCAAAGGGUUGAAGUUACAUUAUGCAUCUUAUGAGCCAACGAUAAGAGUGUUACAUGAGAAACACCACACUUUACUGAAGGAGAAAAUGCUGACCUCUUUGCAAAGAGACAGAGCAAUGGGGCAGAUAUCUGGACUGGAAGCAACAUUAAGACACAUGGAAACUGGGCAUAAUUCUAUUGUUCCUGAAAUUAACGUUUAUCAUAGUUGUGAACAUUUACUUGAAGGCCCUACUCAGAAAUGUCUUCGUGAAGCCAGGGAACAAAGCAAAAUUAAAAUAAGCAUGAAAAAAAAUGCAAAGGCCUUUUUCAACAGAAAUCAAGAGGGAGCCUGUGAUCUCAGAGCAAGAUCAGCUCCCUGCCCAGUAUCACAAGUCCGUGACACAAGAGAGAACUCUCACACUUGGAACCAGCCCAGACUUCGGAAGCACAUCACUGACAAGAGGCAACAGAGCCCGCAGGCAUUCAUAAUAAAAGCACCAAUCUGCAGGACACCACACCUUUUGGCUCAUCAGAAACCAAAUUGGAAACCUUGAGCGGCAUACAUACCUGGGCCAUUUCCACUUUUUCUUUCCUCAGUAGCUGGACUCUUUCCUUAUUGUCAGUCUUCGAAAGGAACUCAAGGCUCCCAGCUCAUCUGUCUAGGACCCUAAUCAUCCCUCAGACUCCUCCAUCACAUUCUGACCCUAUUGCUCCCGCCCCUUUCUUAAUGCUUGAAACCCUUUCUCAGUACAUCCAGGAACUCAAAAUUAGUCAUCAGAAAAAUACUCUAUAUUCUCACCUUUUUUUCAUAAUACCUAUACCCUUUGUAUAAUGGAAAUCUAGCUUCUCUUUGACGACAAUUUCGUUUUCAGAAAGUACUGUUCUGAUAAAUGAUUAAGCCUUUUUAAGCGUGGAGGGCGGAGUCUUGAAUUGUGUUUUUCAGUUCCUGUGCUAUAAAUAGCCCCACCAUUGAUAUAUUCUAGCUACUUCAUUGAACAUGAAGUUGAAAAUUGAUUCAGGGAGUUAGUUCUCUGAACCAGUUUUAACCAGUGUCCUCCAGCACACCACUGUCUGCAGUAUUUCAAAAUGGUAAGCCAUAUUCGGUACUCGCUAGUUAACCCUAACACUGAAACGAGGUAGGAUAAGCGUCCUCUCUGCUCCUCAUUGUUAUUUUCUGUCGAUUUAUCAUCUUUCUUCAUGGAUCUGCCUUGUCUUCAAUCUUACGUCACCCGAUUAUACUAUUCACCGUAUCUUCUGAUUGUGGGCAUUUUUUCCCAAUUCGUUUUUUUUUUUGUCAUAAAAAUUAAUAAUCCCUAUGGCAUUGUCACUUAAUUAAAAA